GGGAGGGAAGGAGCACUUCUUGUCUAUAGCUACACUGUAUCUGUCAGUAACAGCAGCCCCUCCCCCGGCAGCACAUGAUACAUUGUGUGUAUGUGAGUAGGAGAGAGAGAGAGAGGGAUCCCUGCCAGGUGCUGCUGUACUGAGUGCUGGGCCCGGGGUGGGGAUCAGUGUCCCCCUGGGUCAGGGAAGUGGAUCAGUCAUGCUCAGCUUCCUGUCUAUGAGACUCCCAGCCAGGCUCACACCCCCUGCAUGCAGCAAGGAGCUGCUCUGUGCAGCCUUCAGCAGCAUGAUGUCUCAGUCACACGCGCUGACUCCGGAGGAAAGGACACAAGCUGUCCAAGAGCUCCAGGGUUUGGGAUGGACCGAGGUCCCGGCGAGAGAUGCCAUUUACAAAGAGUUUGUGUUUAAGACCUUCAACCAGGCCUUUGGAUUUAUGACUCGUGUGGCCCUGCAAGCAGAGAAAAUGAAUCACCACCCAGAAUGGUUUAAUGUGUACAACAAGCCAACUCAAAAUGGAUUUCCAGAAGAAAGAGACUGACUACUCAAACCUAUUAUUGCUAACAACCCUCCACCUAAAGCCAUAAGGUUCAAAUAACCUUGACGACACAUGACUGCGGAAAGUUGACCAGAAAAGAUGUGAAACUCGCUCAGUUUAUCGAAAAAGCUGCAACUUUCUAAAAAAUAAACUGUUUUUGAUUCUG